AUGUCCUCAUUGGAACCAGAGACACGCAGCCCUCCAGCAUCUACGGUAUCACUUCAGAGCACCAAAAGCAGUAGCCAGCUAUCACAGAACCAGAUCACACAGUACGGGUCUCCGACAAGCCAGCAGAAAAUCCAGUGGCCGAAGUUGAAGAAAGUGGUCCAAAAGACAAUACUCGAAACGAACAAGGAGCCGUUGCCGUGGAUGAGAAAACAGUUACGUCGGGUGCAGAAGGAGGAAAACAUGUCCCUGCAGGUUCGGGAACAGAAGUCAUCCGACGUUGAGUCUUGGAGAUCGCAGCUUCGGAAGACCCAAGCGUUGGAUGAUGAUUCCCCCGGAGAACAGUACGGCGGGGGCGAAAACUACGGCGACCACAACAAGCGAGCUGACACCUGCCUGACUUGUCGUCAUGAGACGCCUUCGCCAUCACCAUUCCUUGCUAAUGCUGUCGAACUAACUCCGGAUGUUACCACGGAGGCGUCAGAAGCGGCAGGCGAUACUAGACAACAGGGCCGCAAUGAACAGUCGUACAGGGUGAAUCAGAAGCGUCUAGAGGAGAUACGAAUUUCAAACUCUACGCAAUCGACGUCGCAAACUUUGCAAAUGACGAAGGCGGAAUCGGAUACUGUCACCCACGUUUCUCAGACUAGCGAGGCUGUCCCUUCUGAUUUGGACUCGGCUCCAGUCGAAGAGGCACGUGUCGACAGCGCUGAGCAAUCCAGCGUUGAGCCACCCCGGAGCUGCACUGGCGAUGUCGAGGUCUUUAGCCCAAUGCCCAUUAUGCCGCCCAACCACACGUGCUCCUGGAAGGAACGGUACCUGAACUUGACGGCCGAAGUGCGGCAGCUGAAGGCGGAGAUUGUGUCCCAGGAACAACACAACUCGCCCGGGCGGGUUGAUAUUGAGACCAACGCCAGCCAGAGCGACAAUGACCUGGGUGUCGAGGGGCUUACCAUAGUCAUGCACCUGAAGGGCAAAGACGACCUUAUCAUCAACACUGACUUGACUCAGGUGUCCUCCAAUGUAUAA